AUGUGCACCAGCAGCCACACCAUUGGGAGCCUCUUGGUGCUCUCCGUGCUGGAGAUAGGGCUGGGGGUCUCCAGCGUGGCCGUCGGGGCGGUCAGUUUCAGCCUGGUCCUUGCGGAGCAUAAGCCUCAGCUGGGAGACUCUUCUCCGGUAUGGAGCGGGGUGUGUUUUCUGCUGUGUGGCAUAUGUGGAAUAUUGUGUGCCAAAAAAAAAUCUGGACUUGUCAUGAUCCUUUUUUCAGCCUGUUGCAUCUGCGGACUAAUUGGAGGAAUAUUAAAUUUUCAGUUCCUUCGUGCUCUGACAAAGAAGUCCUCCACUCUCUAUUCUUUGCAUCUUACUUCCAUGUCUCUUGCAUGCAUUGGAAUUGGAGGUUGCACACUUUCUUCCUGGCUCACUUGCCGGCUAGCCAGCUAUGAACAAAGGAGAAUGUUCUCCGAAAGGGAGCAUUCACUGCAUCAUUCCCACGAAAUGGCAGAGAAAGAAAUGACAGACAAUAUGAGCAAUGGAGGACCACAGCUGAUUUAUAAUGGAAGAGUGUACGAAAAGAUUUAAAAAGUUCAAGGAAAAAAAUAUUUUUACGAUUUUCUUCAGGACAAACAAAUAGACACCAAGAGACUGAGAUGAAAUGGAAACAGUCUUGGCUUUUAUUGCUAGAAUUUCACAACUGCAGAACAGCACAGUUGCAUUUCCCUUUAGAAACAUAUCUGAAAUUUCUCUCCCAAGGAUUUUGUGGAUAUACAGUAUUUAUUCACUCCACCUCUAUUCCUUUUUUUUUCUUUUUGUCUGAAUAACUUUCCAGAAUUAUUAUAGCAGCUGAGAUAGACUUUUCAGUCUCUUCUUCUCAUGAAGACUUUUUUAAAAAAUCCCAUUUAAAUGGAGAGGGUUUAACCAGUAGAUUGUACAGUGGAGAGAGUGCAAAUUAGACUUGUAAAAAGCGUGCAUUACACAUGCAGAGUCCAAAUGAGUGAAAGAUGAGAGUGCUGAAAACAACACUGAUGUCUUUGUUUUGAAAGACAGAAUGCUUUAAGAAUUCCAUAAAU